AUGACAGAUAUUGCAACCCUAGAAACCCCAUUUGAGGGAGAAGAGUUAGGCUCCAAGCCUUCUUACUCACAGCAUUUCUGCGUUUUCUGGCUGGCUGGGCACCUGUCAGCCCGCAUCAGUCCAACAAGACUCACAAAUCGCCACGGGCAGUACCUGCGGACCGCCUCUCCCAUGCCGUUAUGCCCACGGGCAGGAAAUCCCGUGACCCUGCAGGGGCAGAAGCAACACGCUCCCAUCCCCACUAUUCAUUUCUUUAAGAUCCAGGACACCUGAAGAUCAAAGCCGACAGGAUUGCUGAAAUUUCUUUACUUUGAGCAGACAAAGAGAAGCUGCAUGCGGAAUUAACUACUUCUUCAUUACUGCAGUUUAAAUUAUGCCAAGUCUAAUUUGCAUAGUCAGGCAAAUGCCUCUCCCAGAGGAAUUUUGCCUCAAUCGUCUCGUCUUUCAACAUUUAUCACUGGAAAGAAUGAUGGAGAUUUUUUAUUUCGAUCUUUUUUGCCUCCCAGGCUCUACGACAGUGGAUAUAAUGUAGCGGGACUUUUCGGUAUGCCGUGAAUGCACCCAGCUCGCAGGGGCACAGGGAUGGAUUUCAUGAACUUCACAACUGUCAUCGACGACGGCUUUUUGGAUGAGACCUCAUCGAGCCGUGUCCUCACUGGCUGCUUCCUCUCACUGCUGAUCCUCACCACCCUGUUGGGAAACACCCUGGUCUGUGCGGCUGUCACCAAGUUCCGACACCUGCGCUCAAAGGUGACCAACUUUUUUGUGAUAUCCUUGGCUGUGAGCGACCUCUUGGUCGCCAUCUUAGUGAUGCCGUGGAAGGCGGUGACGGAGAUCGCAGGUUUCUGGCCGUUUGGCUCCUUCUGUGACACCUGGGUAGCUUUUGACAUCAUGUGUUCCACGGCAUCCAUCCUGAACCUCUGCGUUAUAAGCCUGGACCGCUACUGGGCCAUCUCCAGCCCCUUUCGUUAUGAAAGGAAGAUGACACCUAAGGUGGCCUGCCUGAUGAUCAGCAUGGCAUGGACGCUAUCUGUCCUCAUUUCCUUCAUCCCCGUGCAACUUAACUGGCACAAGGCCCAGACUAAAACUUACAACCCCCUAACCGAGUCAUUAGUGUCACAGGGAUCAAACCUUACAUCUCAACAGCGCCCGGAGAACUGCGACUCAAGCCUGAACAGAACCUACGCCAUCUCCACCUCUUUCAUUAGCUUUUACAUCCCCGUGGUCAUCAUGGUAGCCACAUACACCCAGAUCUACCGCAUCGCUCACAGGCAAAUCAGGAGGAUCUCCGCCCUGGAGCGCGCGGCCGAAAGUGCCAAGAACAGACACAACAGCCUGAGCCGGGGCUCCAGCAUCGCCGAGUCGGAGAGCUCUUUCAAAAUGACGUUCAAGAGGGAGACAAAAGUGCUGAAGACACUCUCUGUGAUAAUGGGGGUGUUUGUGUGCUGCUGGCUUCCGUUUUUCAUCCUAAACUGCAUGGUGCCCUUCUGUGAGCAGUCGAGCGGAGGCGAGGCCCUUCCCUGCAUCAGCCCCACCACCUUUGACGUGUUCGUGUGGUUCGGCUGGGCCAACUCCUCGCUCAACCCAAUCAUCUAUGCCUUCAAUGCUGAUUUCCGCAAAGCCUUCUCCAUCCUGCUGGGCUGCCACAGACUGUAUCCAGGAGGCCACAACAUUGAGACAGCCAGUCUAAACAAGAAAUGACUCACGACUCUCACAGCACUGACUCAUCCCUUAAUUCUCAGAGUCCAAGAGUUUCCUUAUGCAGCCGGUCUGAUUGACUUCAAACAAGGACACUGCUGUCUGUGAUUCUGUCCAAUCGUUGAGUGUGACUUGAUGGCACAUUGACCCCUGUGUAUGUCCACGUUUGCACGGGGCGAACGGCCUGCCUUUUUUGCAGACUGUCACAGUAAGAUUGCUGUGCUCGCUCAAAGGGGGGGGGAGCGGUGUGCUCCUAAGAGAGGAGAGCGGAUUUGGUUUUUUUAGACUCUCUGCUGUUGCACCAGGGGUCUGAGAGCGCAGCAGUGCUGUCAUGCUGCCAGGAUAGAUAAUCCCAGGACUGGGCAGAGCGCAUCAUGUCAAGCACUGCUGUCCUCUUUACCCUCCUGCCCACAUACUCAGCAACACACACUGUCAAAGGAGCCCGCCAAGAGCAGCGUAACUAUGCUACAUAACUCACACUCUUCAGGAGAUUACACAGCUCACAAGACAGAUGCGCUGGGACGCAGGACCCUGAAAUCCUUUGCUCUGCAAGGACUCCUGAACAAAAUCAUGUUUGGCACAAGUGCAGGUAAAAUACAUCCACAAGUGACUUAAUAUGGCUGACAGAAUGAAAACAGAUUGGAUUUAUGUACGUGUUUAAAGUAAACAUCAUAAGAAAUGAAAUCUCUGGCUUUCUUUUUGAAGCUAAAAAGCAGAAGUUGAACUCCAAAUUGUCUCAUAGCUGUUAUGGAUUAAGAAUUCUUAGUCAUGCAUAAUCUAAAUGUUAAAUCAUAAAUUGUGAACUGCAUUUACUCAGCAGCACCCUCAUAAGUUAUUACUGCUUGAAUUUGUUAUGGUAUCUUGUGAGUUAUGUGUUUAUCAUCAGCUACAGUCGAUUACCUUUCAUGACCUCAUAGGAGAAGACAAAGGUCCAAAUAAAGACUCGGCUUGAUAUGGUUUGGAUCGUACGUUCAAGAUAACAUC